GUUACUUAAAAUUUAAGAAUAUUCAUUGUUAUAAACUGAUCAAACUAACAAGACGGAUAUCUGUAAACUGAUCGGAUACAGAUUUGAAUCGAUCUAUCAAUGAUCCGGCCGGUAACCAAUCGGAUCCGGAUAUAAAAAUUUUAUAACUCGAUAAACAAACGGGUAGAUACUUUACCGCAAAGAUAAACAGGUAGAUACUUUGGAAAUACCUUGAAAGCUGAAGACCUCGGCCCAUAUCUAGUAGUUAAAUCGAGUCAUUGUUAUUGCUGCGGCGUUGCCUCCUCAAUCCCCUUCAAUCCCAUAUUUGCUUUCCCAACACAGAAAACCUCCCAAGUUUCAUCCAUGGCUGACCACUCCGACGAUUUAGACCAACUCCUUGACAGUGCUUUAGAUGACUUCCAGAAUCUCAACCUCAGCAAACCCUCCCUCGAAAGAAGUAAAGAAACUGUAGAGACCAAGCGAGAAUUUCCUUCCUUGCCUGCUGGGGUUCAAGGACUUGGAAUGGGGUUACCUGACCUCAAAGCUAAGAAAAAGGGGAAGCAAAAGGUUGCGGGUGGAUCCCAUGUUACUGAGGCACUUGAUAAGCUCAGAGAGCAGACAAGAGAGGCUGUUAGGGGACUGGAAAGCAUGAGUCCACAACCUGGGGCAGAUGAUUUUUCCAAGGACCUGAUGAUGGAGGAUUGGGUCAAGCAGUUUGAGGAACUUGCUGGCGGUCAGGACAUGGGAUCUAUGGUUGAGACCAUGAUGCAACAGCUUUUGUCCAAGGAGAUUCUUUACGAACCAAUGAAGGAAAUUGGGGAAAAGUAUCCAAAGUGGUUGAAGGAUAAUGAAGCAACUUUGAGUAAAGAAGAAUAUGAUCGUUGUUUCCACCAGUGUGAACUCAUUAAAGAACUUAAUGAAGUGUAUGAAAAUGAUUCUGGCAACUACAACAAAAUCUUUGAAAUUAUGCAGAAAAUGCAAGAAUGCGGCCAACCACCUAAUGCUAUUGUUCAGGAGCUUGCUCCUGAUUUUGAUCUAGCUAGUCUUGGACAAAUAUCUCCAGAGAUGCUAGAGUCGCAGGGAAAUUGUUGUAUAAUGUGAGCAAAUGUCUUCACCCUGGGCAAUUUACAUCUCCUCUUAAUUGUUUCCUUUAUCCCUUGUGGGCACACGGAUAUCUUUCUUUUCUCAAUAUUGUGAAAAAUAAAGUUAUUAGGCUUAAAGUUACAGUAUUAUUAUCUCAACUUAUAAUUUUUAGUUGCCAAUUUCAGAUCAAGGUUUAGGGCAUGUGAGCUUGUAUAAAAUUUGGUGAUAUGUGAAGGAAAAUUUGAAAAUUUCUUAGAAACUACUGAAGUAGAUUAUUCUGUUUAUU